AGCUAGGGCCCCAGGGCCGUGAAACACACGGCAAUGGAAGAUCCCGCAGCUGCUUCAGAGCAGCCGAACCCUUUGGAUGCAGGUCCCAGACAAGAGGCCAGCCCUUUGAUGGCAACGAGAGACAGUGGGAAUGAUGCUGGCAUGGUUUUGCCCUUAGUAGGACCUGGCCCCAGCGCUCCUCCAGCUCCCCCCGCAGCAAGCUCGAUGAUAAGAACUGUUUGUGUUAUAGUUGUUUGCAUUGUGGUCGCUUUUGGUGCUGGCACGCUUUUGAGCCCCAUGCUUUCACAGGAUCACGAUGGCGGUGGAGAAGAUUCCUCUCCUUUUCAAUGGAUUUGGCCUUUUGGGCCACAGGGACUUACCAACACCACGACCAGCUCAACCAGAACAAGCUCCACUGGAACCACUUCCACGGCAACAAAAACGGUCACUACCACAAGGACUGCUACCACGACAAGUACCUCUAUCACAAGCACCUCGAGGACAAGCACAUCUGUGACAGAAACAAGUCACACUUCUACAUCAAUGACAUUUACAACUACUGGCCUUUUCCCAUUGGCGCCGUUUUCCUGUUUAAGUGACAUGAACCUUGGUCCAGUGAAGCAUCCUGACAAGAAAGGAAUUGCCCUGGACGACACGACCUUUUCGCAGUGCCCCUCACUGACAACAGUGCAGUGGCCAAAUGCCAAAGAAAACAUCACAUCUCUGCGUCUUUUCAAAGCAUGGGACGCAACGUGGUCAGAGCGAUAUGACCGUGCGCAGUCCUGGAUGGCACUGAAGCACUACAUUGUGAGUCGUGGUGCCAAAGUGCUCUACGGAACGCAAAUAUCUUGCAACGAGACAGCUGAUGAUACGGACUGGCUUUUUGUGAAAGAGCUGAUGAUUUAUAUCGGCAGAGAGCAUGUUAUGGGAGUUGCUGUUGGGAAUGAAGUUGAGUUGCUCCACACACAGCAGACAUGCAGCAAGAAAUGUGCAGAGGACAUGUUUCAGGGAGGGUAUUUCUACACAAAGGUGAUGCAUCGAGCAAACGACCUGCAGGUUAUGAAUGGCUUUGAGGAUGUUACAUUGACAACGGUGAUGGGCGGUUUCGUUUUAGGAGGGUCGCCUUUCGUGAACACAAAGGAAGCUGGAGUGCUUGAUUUCUUCAAGAAGAUCUAUGCUAACUUUGGCCGGAGGUGGGCUUGGUCUUGGAAUACGUACCCAUAUUUCGAUCCCCAUAUCGUCAUGGACGAGGGGCCUUGGCACACAUGCAGCAAAGCAAUGAUGGCAGCAAUCAAUUUUGCGCCUAGCAGCAUGUUGCCUGGACAGUUGCGGGAACUCAGGACCAGAAUGCAGCAAGUUACAGGGAAUGUGGAUGAUACUAUGUGGCUGACUGAAACUGGUUGGUCAUACCCUCGGGCUUCCACCCUAUCCACCGUCAUGAGAAAUUGUGCGGAAUGGUCCACGAACGAAGCCUUUGCACUGUAUUAUCAAGGCUUUCUGGAGUGGGACCUUUCACUUGGACCAAAUGUUCGCGGGUUGGACCAUGCUUUCUUUUUCACCUUGAGGGAUUCCAUUAACUUCGGAGACAAGGAGAAUUUCGGCCUUAUCCGCUCGUGCAAAUCCCGUGGUUGCAAAAUGAGGCACCAUGAGGGAGUUGUCUGAAACUUCUGGACUUGGAGGAUGCUUCAACAAACACUUCCUUCUACCAAUUCAAGGGUGGCAAAGGUGCAAAGAACUCCAGCCAGGAAAGUUGGUGAGCGCGGGGUGACAAUCACUGCUGGCAAGCAUCAAAAUUCAUUGGUGCUGCCUGCCUACAGGUCUCACCAAAAAGUAGUUUGCCCUGUGCUUGCGCCAGCUAAACAGUCUUUGCCGUGGGUG